UAGGAUAGUCAAGAUAAUAAUAGGCUUCAAUAUACAGAAAUUUGUACAGAAAUUAAGACAAGUUGAAGGAUUUUUUUUUCAAUAAUAUCGCCUGCAAGCGACCUGCUGUUCACUAUAUAACUGGCUUCCGUUUGGAAGUCUGAAAAAAGCAGUUGGAGCGAUAUGGCUAAGGUCAGAGAUGGAAGAUGGUCUCUUCAGGGACAGACAGCUCUGGUUACCGGUGGAACCAAAGGAAUCGGGUAUGCUAUUGUUGAAGAAUUGGCAGGGCUUGGGGCGACUGUGCACACGUGCUCUCGGAAUGAAGCUGAAUUGAAUAAGUGCUUGCAAGAGUGGGAGGCGAAGGGCUUUCAAGUUACUGGUUCAGUCUGUGACCUUGUGUCUCGACCCCAACGAGAGGAGCUUAUACACAAAGUUUCCGAUCAAUAUCAUGGCAAACUCAAUAUCCUUAUAAACAAUGUGGGAACCAACAGAAAGAAACCAACCGUAGAGACGACAGCUGAGGAUUUCUCAUUUGUCAUGGCUACCAACUUUGAAGCUGCUUAUCACCUCUGCCAACUUGCACAUCCUCUUCUGAAAGCAUCAGGAGCAGGAAGCAUCGUUUUCAUUUCUUCUGUUGGUGGAUUGCAGUCAAUAUUUUGUGGAUCUGUUUAUGAAGCAAGCAAAGGAGCCAUAAACCAACUUACUAGGAGUUUGGCUUGUGAGUGGGCACGUGACAAUAUCAGGGUCAAUUGUGCUGCACCUUGGGCGACAAGAACUCCUUUAGUCGAAGCUGAUCUUAAAGGCCCACUUUUGGAUUUCAUUAAUGCACGGACUCCUCUCGGACGGCCUGGAGAGGCAGAGGAGAUGUCAUCCAUGGCGGCGUUUCUCUGUCUGCCUGCAGCUUCUUACAUAACUGGGCAGACAAUCGCCAUAGAUGGAGGGAUCACUGUGAAUGGAUUCUCCCUAUAAUCAUGACAGAUUACAAUAGCAUGUAAUAAACCAAAAGCUCGGAUACAUUUCCGAAUUCCAGUUCAUGAGUUUUUUUUUUUUUUUUUUUAUUAAAAAAAGUGUUUGGCUUUAGAGACUUCAUGAUAUCGAUCUUAUGCAAGAUUUGGCACACCAUAGAAUAUAUGAUAUUUGUACUUUGGUGAUUGAAAAAAAUUAUGUGAUUCCUUUUGUCUUGA